UGUUUGGCAGUGCAAAAGGUAAACAAAACGUGCAAGCAUGCCGCCAAAAUCGAGCAACAAAAAGAACCAAGCAACUUGGUAUCACUGUGCAACCUGUGACGUGCACAUCACUUCCAAAACCCGAGACACACACGAGCGUGUCUGUCCCAUUGCGGAGGAUGCGAGCGGCACCGAGGUGAAUGCGGAAUAUGUACGCAAUGGCGUGCUCUACACUGCAAGCGUGCUUCAACGCACUUUUGAGGUGGAAUCUCUCAAGGAUCUGCCGCCUCAGUAUGAGAGCAUGCUGAUAUUUGUGUCGGAAGGCGCCAUACAGUUGGCCGAGUUUCACAUUGGCCAGCACGUGGUGAUUAAACCGGCAACUGAAGCAGCACAAAUUCAGACACCUUUGGUGCGCAUUGUUUGGCCAGUUUCAGAGCAGUUUCUUACAACGGUAUUUGUCACAUCAGCUGACUACAAACAGAAUUGGACAGCGCUGCGUGGGAAAUCUCUGCGCAUUUCUGCACUGGACACCAGGAAACUCUCUGCAGCUGCCAGCAUCAGUUUGAGGCAACUCAACGAGAGCGAGUCUUGUCUGGAGCAAAGUCAACUUCCAGAUGUGGCUGCUGUGCUUAAGGGCGAGAUUCGCAAUCAAAUUUACUGCCAAGGCAGCGAGCUACAUUUGAAUUUCUUCAACAAACCGCUUACAUUUUGCUUGGCCAGCUGGCAGGGUGUCCAGGAGAGCGCCGUGGAAGACGCACUAGAGCGGCUGAGCUUGGAUAAAUCUCAGCAGUUUGUGCAGAUAACAAGUGCUACACGAGUUGAGCUAAUGCGCCAGGAGGAGCAGGGAAAAGAGCUGGAACCUCAGCUGGAACAUCGCAUAACCAAAGCCAAAAUUGGCGGGUUGGAUAAACAAAUUCAAUUGGUGGAGGAGACCAUGGAUUACGCCCUGGGUUACAAAUCCUUGCCAGCAGGUGUCAAAGUAUCCCGUGGUUUGUUGCUCUACGGCGCCAGUGGCUGUGGCAAGUCCCUGGUGUGUGAGGCCAUGUGUACCGCUGCCCAGGAACGGGACAAGAAUGUCCUGGUCAUCCGCAUCAACAGCGGUGAGGUGUUUAGCAAAUUUCUAGGUGAGACGGAGCAAAAAUUGGGAUCAUACUUUGAGCGUGCCUAUGGACACUAUCCGCAUCCGACGCUGCUGCUCCUGGAAGAUGUGCACACGCUGUGUCCCAAGCAAGAUGCGAGCAGUGAUCUCGUCAAGCGCGUCUCUCUCGCAUUUCUCUCACUGCUCGAUCAGCUGAGCAGUUCCAGUCGCAGCGAGGCACGUCGCACGUUUCUACUCGCCACCAGCUCACAAAUUGAUGCACUGCAUCCGAGCAUAAGACGCGCUGGUCGCUUGGACUGUGAACUGGAGUUGGGCGUGCCCACGCCCCAAUCCCGGCGUGAGAUUCUCCGUUGUCUACUGCAGCCGCUGGAGCACAAGCUCAAGGAUUCGGAGAUUGAGGAGAUUGCCAGCAUUACACACGGCUAUGUGGGCGCUGAUUUGGCCAAUCUGGUUUAUGCGGCCAUGCUGACGGCACUUAAGGGUGAAUCGACAGCACUCAAGAAUGAGGCAAGGAUGAAGCCCUUGGAGCUGCGGGAUCUGCAGGCAGCUCUGACUCAGGUGAAACCGUCGGCAAUGCGGGAAGUGCUCAUCGAGAAUCCCAAUGUGCUGUGGUCGGACAUUGGCGGUCAGGCAGCUCUGAGAUUGAGCUUGCAACAGGCCAUCGAAUGGCCUUUGCUGCAUGCCGAGAAAUUCCAGCGUUUGGGCAUCAAACCACCACGUGGUGUACUCAUGUUUGGUCCGCCUGGUUGCUCCAAAACAAUGAUUGCCAAGGCUCUGGCGACAGAGAGUAAACUAAACUUUCUGUCCAUCAAGGGGCCCGAGUUAUUCUCCAUGUGGGUGGGCGAAUCCGAGCGUGCGGUGCGUGAGGUCUUCCGCAAGGCGCGACAAGUUGCCCCGGCGAUUGUUUUCUUUGAUGAAAUCGAUGCCAUUGGCGGGGAACGUUCCGAGGGUUCCUCCAGCGGUUCCUCGGUCAAGGAGCGAGUGCUCACCCAACUGCUCACCGAACUGGACGGCGUGGAGACGCUGCAUAAUGUGACCAUUGUGGCAGCCACGAAUCGUCCCGAUAUGAUUGACAAGGCGCUACUUCGUCCCGGUCGCAUUGAUCGCGUCUGUUACGUGGGAUUACCCGAGAUGGAGGCACGUCGUGAAAUCCUCCAGAUCAAGCUGCGUUCCAUGCCUUUGGCGGUAGAUGUUGAUGUGGAUCAGUUGGUGGAGCGGACCGAGGGCUAUUCGGGUGCAGAGAUUCAGGCCGUUUGCCAUGAGGCCGCAUUGAGUGCGCUGGAGCAGAGUUUUGAGGCUGAAUCCGUCAAGUGGGAGCAUUUUGAGACUGCCCUGCAAACGGUUCAACCACGCACAAGUCCCGAGUUACUGCGACUCUAUCAGGAUUACCUCAAAAAGUAGUUAAUUAACUUAUGCUACACUUGUAAAAGAAUUAAUUUUUAAUAUUACAAU